AUGGACACCAACGUCCGGCUGUUGCUUUCGGUCAAUCUUCUACUGGUGCUGUUGGGUUGUUUACCCAGCCUGACGACUGCCCGCCGUGCUAGUCAAAAAUGUUGUGGACCGAACGAGGUCCUCCUCUGGUGUCCGCCUGUGUGUGAACCAACGUGCGACAAUGACUGUGUACCGACGCCAACCGGCAUCCCGAUGGAGACUUGCGUUUGCAAACCAGGAUUCGUGCGCCACCAGGGACGGUGCAUCGAAAAGUGCGAAUGUCCGGCACCGUGUCCUCCAACAGCGCCACCAACAGAGUGUCCACCACCGAUGACGACACCGAGACCUUGCGCACAAACCUUCUACGGUGUGGGCCGUAAUGGUGAUGACCUUUCACCGCCCAGACUGCAUUAUCCGCGCCCCUUCUCACAACCCGGUCCGUACUCCAUGAUGUCACAGUCCCAGAAUCUCUCGUCAUGCUCCAACUAUCUCUACCGUCCGGUGCGACCAUGCCCUCCGAAACCAGAACGCACGACGACGAUGUCACCGUUUGAGGUGUGUCCUCCGAACGAGGUGCAGCAACCUUCUCCAAUCUGCUGCGAGGAAACGUGCACCAGUAACUGUGCGGCGGUACUCUGUCCUGCGCAGCCUCCGACGGGUCCGUUGGUGUGCACCUGCGACAGUGGCUUCGUGCGGCAUGAGGGUCGGUGUAUAGCGCGCGAACAGUGUCCCGUGGAGGAGCCGGUUAAGUUCUGUGGACCAAACGCCCAUUACAGUCCCUGUACGCCCUGCUGUCAGCAAACCUGCGACAACGAUUGUAGCAAGAUCUUCUGCAUAGCGGCCUGUACGGGACCACCGACCUGUGUCUGUAACGAGGGGUAUGUGCUGCACGAGGGACGAUGCAUACUGCCGUCGGAGUGUCCGCGAAAGUGUCCACCGACUACGGUAGCGCCUCCUCACGCGUACUAUUAUACGGAAAGGCCGUGUCCGCCCGUAUGUCCACCGGGUGCAAGGCUUUUACCGUACAGGCCCUGUUGCGUGGACACUUGUACGACGGACUGUCGUUUAGUACGUUGCGCGCCAACCAACGACGACACUCCGACCUGUGUGUGUCAAAAUGGACUAGUGAUGCACAAUAAUCGAUGUAUUCCGCGCGAACAUUGUCCGAGUACGAACCAACCAACGUACGGUUGCUACGGUGGUAGUCACUCGAAUCGAUACUAA